AGUGCAGCUUUAAUGAAUAUUUGGCCGUCAUUCGAGCCACACCUUCUUGUCGCCUUCUAUCUCACCUCUUGUCGGUUGUCACCAUGCCCCGCAACAUCCUUCUCGCCGUACUCCGUGCGGACCUGCGAGUACAGGACAACCAGAUCUUCCACUUGGCCGCCGACCCGUCGCCCUCGUCCAACGCCUUCCGUAAGCCCAUCACGCACCUGCUCCCCAUCUAUGUCUACGAUCAGAAGAUGAUUGAGGUGGGUGGGUUUCACGGGCUUAAGAAAGGAGAACCAGCUACAGAGGCUAGGACGAGGACCGCUGGAUUCUGGAGAUGUGGAGAGCACAGGGCGAGCUUCAUCACCCACUCAGUGUACGACCUCCAAUCCCGUCUACGCUCCCGCAACUCAGACCUGUCUGUCUGGGCCGGUCAGCCAGAGAAGGUGGUAGCCGCCAUCGUCAAGGCGCUCAAGGGUCAGGGAGACGAGAUUGAGGCCGUGUGGAUGACGAGGGAGCAUAACACUGAGGAGAUGACGACGGAGAAGAAAAUCAAGAGCGCAUUGCAAGAAACCCAGACGCCGCUCAAGCUCAUCCAUGGCAAGGCGCUCGUUCACCCCGAGGAUCUCGACUUCUCCGUCAAGGACCUUCCCGACGUCUUUACCCAAUUCCGCAAGCGCGUAGAGGGAGGAGGAUUCCGUAAUCCGGUCCCUGCGCCGAAUAAGCUCAUGCCCUUCCCCUCCCUGCCCAAGAUCGAGAACGCUGCGGGCGUCUACUCGCUUGAAGGGCAGGAUCUCAACUCCGUCAUCUCUGCGCUGCACAAGCCCCUCUUCGACAAUCCUGCGCCUGGUAACCACACCAAGCUGCGUGAUUCCGAGCUGGACCAAGUACCGAGCGCUCUACCGUUCAAGGGCGGCGAGACCGAGGCGCUGGAGAGGAUGGAGCAUUACUUUGGCGGCAGCAAACCUCCUGCAGCGACGUACAAGGAGACGAGGAAUGGCCUGCUUGGGACAGACUACUCGACAAAGUUCUCAGCCGCACUCGGACUCGGCCUUUUGUCACCGAGGGACAUUGCGCAGAGAGCGCACAAAUUGGAUGCCGCUAGUGGGACCAGGAGCGGUGGAGGCUACUGGAUCAUCUUUGAGCUGUUGUGGCGCGAUUACUUCUUCUACGUGGGGUGGAAGUACGGAUCUGCCCUUUUCACCCAACGUGGAAUCGAAGGCGAGCUCGACCCCAAGGCGGCCGACCAAAAGCAGGCCUCGUGGGUCUAUCCGCAGUCCCUCGACGACCCCAACGAUGCCUUUGUCCGCUGGAUGAACGGCACGACAGGCGUGCCCCUCAUCGACGCCUCCCAGAAGGAACUCAUUCAGACCGGCUUCCAAUCCAAUCGCUCAAGGCAGAACGUGGCCUCCUUCCUCACAAAGGACCUAGGCUUCGAUUGGCGGUACGGUGCAGAGUACUUCGAGUCCCUGCUAGUGGACUACGACCCCAACUCCAAUUACGGGAACUGGCAGUAUGUCGCUGGCGUGGGCAACGACCCUCGCUCAUCCCGCCAGUUCAAUGCGAUCAAGCAAGCAAAGGACUACGACGGCAAGGGAGAGUAUAUGACCACCUGGCUCCCGCCAUUGAAGAAGUUGUUGCCGCAGAAUAGAAACGAGGUGCCUCAUCCCUGGACGCUGGGCGAGGGAGGGGUGCCGGAGGGAUACCCGAAGAGGCCAGUGGUGGAGACGGGUAUGUGGAAGACGCAUUAUGCUCCUCGAGAUGGCAAGAAUAGGCGAGGUGGGGGAGGAGCGGCUAAGCGUGGUGGGGGUGGGCCGGGAGGUGGACGUGGGCGAGGAGGCAGGGGUGGCGGCGGAGGAGGGGGACGUGGUGGCCGUGGAGGGCACCAAUGAUUGAAGGAAAGUCGA